GAUUGAUGGUCCUUCGGCUUGUGUGUGUGUGAGCUCCCGGGAAGCCGAUCAGCUGCACUUCUCUGUGUGCGUUAGUGCAGCUGCAAGUCUUACACAACGAUCGCCGAGGUCGAGGGAUCUCACUGAAGCUCGGCGUUAUAAAUAUGUCUUCAAACAAAGUGAAGAAAGUGAAAAUGGCCACCAAAUCAUGCCCGGAGUGUGACCAACAGAUUCCUGUGGCUUGUAAAUCCUGUCACUGUGGCUACGUCUUCAUAAGCCGAAAGCUUCUCAAUGCCAAACUAAACGAGACGUCUCCAGUAAUGGACAAUUUGGAUGCAAAGAGAAGACGAACAGAAAGAAUCAGAAAAGAGAAGAUAAACUUAACCUCUACCAGCGAUAUGGAAAAUAGGAGGCGACCCCAUUCCAGCAGUCAGUCAGAUCCGAUCCGCAGAGGAAGAGGCAGACCGAAAACUGUUGGGCUGAAGAAGCAGGAAGAAGAAAAGGAAAAACAGGAAAAGGAGGUAGACAUUUAUGCCAACCUCUCCGAUGAGAAGGCUUUUGUAUUCUCGGUGGCCUUGGCUGAGAUAAACCGCAAAAUUCUGGGCCAGAGACUCAUCCUGUAGCAGGGGUUGGAAACAGUUGCAGCUAAAACUCAGGACUUUUACUACGUGGCUGUCCCAUAUGUCUGUGUAAGAGCGGGUGGGAAACUCUGACCCGAAAAGGCUUAAACCCCUGCCUGUGUGGCCGAAGCUCAGUGGUGCUACAGUGAAUCGGUGGGAUUUCAGACGCCCGGUUUGUGUGUGAGGAGAAAUGACUGUUAUCCUUCACAUGAGUGAGAAGUGUAGUAAUCAUUAGUGGUGUAGGAUUCUAUCUAUUUUAAUGGCAAUUUUAUGGAAUGUGCUAAAUGUUUCUACCAGUCAUUUCUUAAAAUUUCAAGCUUUUUAUUGGGUGGACAGUGGGUUCACCAAAAGAGCAAUUUAUGUGCAAAUUAUGACUGGUGCCUUUAUUCAGACUUGGAUCUACUCAAAUAUUUAUUUAGGUGCCAGUGAGCCAUAUUUCAAAAUUAACCUAAUGGGAGCUGAACCCAAGGAAAUGCCAGAUUAAUGGUUAUUUAUUAUGCCUGAAACACCUUAAUUUAAGUUUUGCUAUUGUUUUAUGAAUGAUAACAGCAUACAUGUGUAAAAUUCAUCCUGUAUAAAUAUAUAUAUUAAAUUCAAUUGCAUUUAAA